AUGCCGAGAACUCGUUGGUUGAUCGUUGGGUUGACCACGACAAUUAUUUUCUGGUUGUACGUCGCCAGUCAUACAUUUAACAAUUCCCAUGAAGUUGUUCUUGAGCGAAAUCAUGAGGUCUCGGAACUCCGACAACGCAUCAUCGACUUGGAAAAAGAACUCAAUCUGGAGAAUGAAUCGAUGAACAGGCUGCAAGAAGAAGUUAAACAAAGCGCCUAUGCUCAGCAAAAGGCUAUUAAAAGCAGAGCUGAACGAUUAGGAAAAGUCCCAUCGAACGGUCAUGGCGCAUGGAAGGAGCCGAUUCCUGUCUUGGUAUUCGCUUGUAACAGGCAAGAUGCGGUUGGUCAUCACAUUCAACAAUUGAUUCACUAUCGGCCAUCUGCUGAACGAUUUCCGAUCGUCGUCUCCCAGGAUUGCGAUGAUAUGCCAACUGCUAACGUGAUAAAGUCAUUCGGGGAACAGGUGAUCUACGUCAAGCACAUUGCCGGCGAUAAGGCGAACAUCACGGUGGCCAAGAAUCACUUGAGAUGGGUUACGUAUUAUCGGAUUGCAAGACACUACAAGCUUGCUUUGCGACAUGUUUUCGAAAAACUCGGCCAUACGUCAGUGAUCAUCACCGAAGAUGAUCUCGAUAUUGCACCUGACUUUUUCGAGUAUUUCAGUGCGACUAGAUUCUUGCUUGAUGAAGACCAGUCACUUUACUGCGUUUCGGCUUGGAAUGACAACGGGAAACCGCAUUCGAUUGAUAUGAAAGUGAGAAAAAAU